GCAGUGCGCAGGCGCGCACCUGUGAGGCGCAGGGGCCCCGGGCGCCCCGCCUCUCCCGGCCGCUCCCACCUCCCUUGUCUCUCCACCCGCAGGCCCCGCCUCGCCUCCUCCCAGCUGUCGCCCCGUGGCUCGGCCGGCGGACGGCGUGUUGCUGCGUCAUCGCCAGUGGCCGGUUUGAAUGAGGCUCUCGUCGCACCGUGUCUGCCGCCACCACUGCGCCUCCGCCUCGGCCGCCGCCACAGCUUCUUCGCGGCCCUUUCCUUUCGCCGCCCUUGCCAGGCCCAGCCUUCCUGCGCCGCCUCCUAGCGCGCCCUGCCAUGCCGCUCUACUCCGUUACUGUGAAAUGGGGAAAGGAGAAAUUUGAAGGUGUAGAAUUGAAUACUGAUGAACCUCCGAUGGUGUUCAAGGCUCAGCUUUUUGCACUGACUGGAGUCCAGCCGGCCAGACAGAAGGUUAUGGUGAAAGGAGGAACAUUGAAGGAUGAUGAUUGGGGAAACAUCAAAAUAAAAAAUGGAAUGACUUUACUAAUGAUGGGGUCAGCAGAUGCUCUUCCUGAGGAACCCUCAGCUAAAACUGUCUUUGUAGAAGACAUGACAGAAGAACAGUUAGCAUCUGCUAUGGAAUUACCAUGUGGAUUGACAAACCUUGGUAACACCUGUUACAUGAAUGCUACAGUUCAGUGUAUUCGUUCUGUACCUGAACUCAAAGAUGCUCUUAAAAGGUAUGCAGGUGCCUUGAGAGCUUCAGGGGAAAUGGCUUCAGCACAGUAUAUUACUGCAGCCCUUAGAGAUUUGUUUGAUUCCAUGGAUAAAACUUCUUCUAGUAUUCCACCUAUUAUUCUACUGCAGUUUUUGCACAUGGCUUUUCCACAGUUUGCAGAGAAGGGCGAACAAGGACAAUAUCUUCAACAGGAUGCUAAUGAAUGUUGGAUACAAAUGAUGCGAGUAUUGCAACAGAAAUUGGAAGCUAUGGAGGAUGAUACUGUUAAAGAGACAGAUUCUUCAUCUGCACCAGCAGUGACACCUUCUAAAAAGAAAAGUUUAAUUGAUCAGUUCUUCGGAGUUGAAUUUGAAACUACCAUGAAAUGUACAGAAUCUGAAGAAGAAGAAGUCAGUAAAGGAAAGGAAAGUCAGCUUCAACUUAGCUGUUUUAUCAAUCAAGAAGUCAAGUAUCUUUUUACAGGACUUAAGUUGCGACUUCAGGAAGAAAUCACCAAACAGUCUCCAACAUUGCAAAGAAAUGCUUUGUACAUCAAAUCUUCCAAGAUCAGCCGGUUGCCUGCUUACUUGACUAUUCAGAUGGUUCGAUUUUUUUAUAAAGAGAAGGAAUCUGUGAAUGCCAAAGUUCUUAAGGAUGUUAAAUUUCCUCUUAUGUUGGAUGUGUACGAACUAUGUACACCAGAACUUCAAGAGAAAAUGAUUUCUUUUCGAUCAAAAUUCAAGGAUCUGGAAGAUAAAAAAGUAAAUCAGCAGCCAAAGACAAAUGACAAAAAGAGUAGUCCCCCGAAAGAAGUUAAGUAUGAACCCUUUUCUUUUGCUGAUGACAUUGGCUCCAAUAAUUGUGGAUACUAUGACUUACAAGCAGUGCUAACACAUCAGGGAAGAUCUAGCUCUUCAGGUCAUUAUGUAUCGUGGGUGAAAAGGAAACAAGAUGAAUGGAUUAAGUUUGAUGAUGAUAAGGUCAGCAUCGUGACACCAGAGGAUAUCUUGAGGCUUUCUGGUGGUGGAGACUGGCAUAUAGCUUAUGUUCUACUCUAUGGGCCUCGCAGAAUUGAAAUAAUGGAAGAGGAAAGUGAACAGUAAUCUUCAUUUUAGAUAUUUAUGCUUAGGUGUGAAAUAAAUGUUGUUUGAUCAUUUCUAUAACCCAGAGCUUUAAAGGAAGAUUUUUAGGUGGUUUUACAUGUUUCCCCUCAUGUGGAAUAAAAGAGGGCAGAAGCAGACCACUCUGUGUUACUGACCUAAAAAAUAACAGAAAAGAGAAAAUUGCCUUUGGACUGUGCUGCCCUAUAUAAAGGUGACAGGAAGACAUUUUUAAAAAGCUUAUUUCUUGGAUUUUUAAAAACUAUGAGUUGAAAUGCCUUUCAACCAUUACCUUCUGUGAUAAUUUUUCUUCCUGUCUUUUUCAGCCCAAGAUUCAGCAAUCAGAUGUUUAUUGCACACCUAUUACUCUAUUAUUUGUUGUUUUUGCAUGGUUCAAACCACCAGUGAUUCAGUAGCUGCCCAUCCUUUGCAUUAUCUAACAAAAAUUUUGCCAGGACGGUGGAAAGGAAGUUAAGUGUUGAUCUCAUUGUGUAACUCAGUGCUGCUGUCCCCAUCCCAUGGAAACAUGGGUACAAUCAAGUAUUUGUCCAGCCUGACUGUUGCUGGCUUUUCAUGACUUUAAAAUAAAUUGUGAUCCAUAAUAGUACAUUUGAUUAUACA